GGAAACCGUCGGAAGGAAACAGCCGAAGUUGUUUCAUUUUCAGUCUAUAUAAAGCAAUCAAUAUCAAGCUAUAUACAGCAGAAUUGCAUAUUUAACUUUCAAGAUUGCCACUGCCGAAUAAGAGAUUUCUUUCCCACUCACUCUGCCUGUAUCUAAAUCAAAUGGCGUCUAUCACCUUCAUGGACUGUUCCUCCUCCACCACUGCUCGGCUUUUUCCCUUUACCCGCACCACUUUCCGCCACAACAGCGUCCUCUUUCUCCGCCGCCUGGUGCGUCCUCUCUCCAUGCGUUCUACCUCUCUCAGAACACUCACUGUUGGCUCUUCCUCUGUCUCUUCAGUACCCGCCAUAAAUGCUGCAAUCGGUAGCGAGGCGGGUGCUAAGGUGAUUGAUGGAAAGUUGGUGGCGAAGAAAAUACGGGAGGAGAUAGCUGCUGAAGUAUCGAGGAUGAAAGAGGAAAUUGGUGUUGUUCCUGGGUUGGCUGUUAUUCUUGUUGGGGACAGAAAGGAUUCAGCUACUUAUGUUCGCAACAAGAAAAAAGCUUGUGAAUCUGUUGGGAUUAAUUCUUUUGAAGUUCAUCUGCCUGAAGAUUCCGCAGAACAAGAAGUACUCAAGUUUAUUUCAGGUUUUAAUGAUGAUCCUUCAGUUCAUGGCAUCCUUGUGCAGUUGCCAUUACCUUCCCAUAUGAAUGAGCAGAACAUCUUGAACGCUGUGAGUAUUGAGAAGGAUGUAGAUGGCUUCCACCCACUGAACAUUGGUCGUCUUGCCAUGCGAGGAAGAGAACCUUUGUUUGUUCCAUGUACUCCUAAAGGGUGCAUUGAAUUGUUGCAUAGAUAUGGUGUUCAAAUCAAAGGGAAGAGGGCAGUUGUGAUUGGUCGCAGCAAUAUUGUUGGGAUGCCAGCUGCUUUGUUGCUUCAAAGGGAAGAUGCAACUAUAAGUAUUGUCCAUUCUAGAACCAAGAACCCCGAGGAGAUCACCAAACAAGCAGAUAUCAUAAUCUCUGCCGUAGGACAACCAAACAUGGUGAGGGGGAAUUGGAUAAAGCCCGGUGCUGUUGUAAUUGAUGUUGGAAUCAAUCCAGUUGAGGAUGCAAAAAGUCCUCGAGGUUACAAGUUGGUUGGAGAUGUUUGCUAUGAAGAGGCCUGCAAGGUUGCUUCAGCUGUCACUCCAGUUCCUGGGGGAGUUGGUCCAAUGACCAUAGCGAUGCUUCUCUCCAAUACUCUUUGUUCGGCAAAGAGGGCACACAAUUUCCAGUGACUUCAAUCAAAAUUUAAGAUUACUGUUGGUGUUGGGAAAUAUAAUCUCGUAGGAACUGACCCUUCACUAUGUUUUGCUCGAGUCUCCAUUCUUUUCUCAGGGAAAGAGUCUCUGUCCAUGUGCUGCACCUUGUUAGUUUACAUUUAGAUAAUGGGUUAGGAACCAGUUUUGAGGCAUAUUGUCUUGCCAAGUUUUCUAUGCAAUGGAUUGUCUUGUUACUGCUAAAUGUAAGUUGCAACUUUUGGGUCAGAUACUGUUACUUUAUGUUAUAGAUUUACAUCAAAUAAAAAAACUGGAGUAAAUCAAGCA